UCGAUCGAUUCACGAGGAAGUCAAAGUGCAUCAGGCUGCGACGUUACGCUUAGAAAAGCGGCUGUUCCGCGAAAGAUUGACCAUAAUAUACCAGGACACACACAGACAGCAAGAAAACAGGGCUUAAAUUACAGGCCGAAACUAUGGCAACGGAGGAGGAUAUGUUCCUUAGAGCCAAAGAUCGGAGCUACCGCGGGCUGACUGAAGACGAAGACAAAAAGUGGAGCGGCCCUUUCUACUUCAUCCAGGCUGCCGACCCUCAGCUGGGCUUGAUGAAAGCCUGGAAGAUGGGAGACUGCGACGGUGGGGGGGAUGAGUGGGACGACGAGGUGCGCCUCACAAGGCAACUGGUGCAGGCCGUCAACAGACUGCAGCCCCGGCCGCGCUUCAUGGUGCUUUGUGGGGACCUGGUCCACGCCAUGCCGGGUACCCCCUACCGGGAGGCCCAGGAGAAGGACCUGAAGGCGGCUCUCAAGGGCAUGAACCCUUCCAUCCCGCUGGUGUUUGUCAGCGGGAACCACGACCUGGGCAACACCCCUACAGCGCAGAGCGUGCAGCAGUACCGCCAGGGCUGGGGUGAUGACUACUUCAGCUUCUGGGUGGGGGACGUGCUCUUUCUGGUGCUCAACUCGCAGUUCUUCUUCGACGGCUCGGCCUGCCCCGAGCUGGGGGAGGCUCAGGAUGCCUGGCUGGAGACACAGCUGCAGAUGGCCACGGCCACGCCCUGCCGCCACCUCGUGGUCUUCCAGCACAUCCCGCUCUUCCUGCGCUCGCCCGAUGAGGACGACGACUACUUCAACCUGCAGAGGGCCGUGAGGGAGAGGCUGAUUGGGCGAUUCCAGCGGGCGGGAGUGAAGGCGGUGUUCUCAGGCCACUAUCACCGCAACGCUGGAGCCUCGCACGACGGCCUGGAUAUGGUGGUGAGCUCGGCCGUCGGCUGCCAGCUGGGAACGGACCCGCACGGCGUCAGGAUAGUGGUGGUGACGGGAGACCGGCUGGUUCAUCGCUACCACAGCCUGGAUCAGCUGAGCGAGAAGGGCGUGGAUGAGGAUCUGAUGAAUCUCCUGGCCUGAUCUCUCAACCCCCACUGCCCCUUCAGCAGAUGGUACUCCGAGCAGAAGUCCAGCGGGGGCGACUUCCAAGGAGAGCCGUUCGUCUUCCAGGAUCUGUGAUAGCCAUCAUCUUCAGGACCUGAUUAGUGUAUUGUAAUGAUAUCUUUCACUGUCCGCCUUUCCUACAAAGGCCUGUAAGUCCUUCCAAAAGGGAUGCUGUCUGUACUAACCCAAUGCUGCAGAACGAGAGUGAAAUUAUCACAUGUGGACAGACGUGUUGCCUCAACAGUUCAAACCGGGGUUUGGGUUUGCCCAUCUCAUGAUCUGAAAUGUGAUUAAUGUGACAACAAGUCCGAUUAAUCCAACUGGCGUUCAUGUUACGUCUCCGGUGAGAAAAAUUGCGAGGGAAACGUAUAAAACAAGGUCGGCGGUGGUGGAAAGAUGCUCAUGUGACCUGUGAGCUGACCUCAUUUCAUGCUGGGGUGGACUAUUCGAUCUGCUCUUUUCUUUAAGCUUGAAAGUACAAUGUGAAAGAAGGCAUUGUAGACUUUAAUAUGAUUAUGUGACAGCUGACUGAAGCCAGCUCUCAUCACUGCAUUCUCAGGCUUUCAUUCUCAUGUUAUAAUCUUUUUAUUCACCAUCUGAUGUUGGUUGCUGGUGCUUCAUUUCCACUUGCAUUUAAGAUUUUGGUAGAUCUAUGCUUGCUUCAAUUUCUAUAGCUACAUUCAUUUCUAAAAGCAUGAUUUGUAGGAAUACAGUUCGCUAAUUUCUUGUUAAUGAGAAAUAACAGGCAUUACCAGUUAACAUAUAAAUGGGAAUGAGUCAGAAAAAAAGAUGCAAUCAGGAGUUUGUUAAAUAAAAUCUGUAUUUACCAAA